AUGGACUACGCCACCAAGGAUAGCUGGGUCAUGGAGCCGCCCGUCAAGCCCUCCUACCGCUCCAACUUUGUUGCUGCCACCAAGCAGAACGCCAAAGACUUCAUCUACCGCUUCGAAGUUACUUACGGCCUCUACGUCAUGGAUUUCUGGGAGAAGACCAUCGUCUACAUUAUCCUUGGUCUCAUUAUGUUCUUCUCCCUGUGGAAAGCUGUCAUCCCGCUCUCCUUCGCAUGCUUCCGUCUGGUUUCGCAUCACUUCGCGCUAGAGCCAAAGGGCCUCCACAGUGUGCUGGAGCGCUCCGCUCAGCAAGAGCUCAACGAUCUGCUCCUCGGCGGUAUUAACACCACUUUCAAUGGGAGCUCGCAUGUGAUCCAUCUGUAA